UUCUGCUAUAAGUAAGAUUAUUGCGAUAAUAGCCGAUGACCACUCGCUGAUCGAGAAGCAAUAACACGAAGUCGCCUGUACAACGAAAGUUCUUCUCUUUUUCAUCAGCGAUCUCUACGAUCUUGGCGGCAAAUCCAAAUUUCAGCGCGCUAUUGAAGAGUUACUUGAUGAAGUCAGUGAUCCAGCAGGUGUCGACAGAGCACUAUCGUAAGCGCUCUGUGCGCUUCUCUCCGUGAUGAUUUCGACUUUCAUGCUCUCCCAUCGUUUGUAGAUCGAAAGGGGUCGGCCGUUGGAUUUUCUGACGAUGAUCAGGCAUGUCACUACGGUGUCCCUCGACAUCGUUCCCGGUAAAUAUACGGACGACGAGUUGGUUCUCCUGGUCGACAAGUGCUUUUUACUUGUGCAUAGUGUGAUCGCGCAAUACGCGGGCUACAUCGACGCGGUAAAUCCAUACGAGAAGGGUGUCCUCUUCCGCAUCGUGUUCGGGAUAUGCGAGCUCAACGGCGACGACCAAAGACGAGGGCUCGAGAUUGACGAGUCUUGCAAGAACGGGGUUACUUGCGCGAUGCAAAUCCUGCAGAUGGUGAAGAGUAUCGCGCACAUUUACAACGUGUCCGUCGGUGUCUCGACAGGGCUAGCCUACUGCGGCGUGAUCGGAAACUCCAUACGAAAGCAUUACGUGGUCAUCGGGCCAUCCGUCGACAGAGCCGCGUGGAUUAUGAGUAUUUCUUACGAUAAGAUCUCCUGCGAUUACGACACCGUGCUGCACAGUCGUCUGAGGAAGGAUCAGUUUCGCCCCCGAGGACUAAGGACACUGGGACCGUUGGAGAAGUGUCAGGUGUACGAGUACUUCGACGACGCGCCAGCACGGAAGGACGACCUUGACGCGAACUCCACCGCGGAGUAUUGCUACCCCAUCUUGGGCAGGCAAGAAGAAUUGGACAAAUUCGACGACAUCCUGGACGAGAUCGGUGUGGCCGGGCGGAAUUACUCGGGGUUGCUGAUAGAGGUGACCGAUCUUAGCCUUCGAAGAUCAAACGCGUACCACGAGAUUCAAUCGCCCGUUUGUUCCCUCGAGGGUGGCGAACGGUCCGGGAAAUCGCGGCUGUUGGACGCCUUCGCCGUGAGCGUUCGUAACCGGCAAAUACGACCGAUCGAGCUCUCGCUUCACGUGACUUAUGCGGAGAAGACUCACGCGGCGGUGCACCACGUUAUCCUGCAGAUACUGGAUGCCGAGAAGUGCGACACGAUCGAGGAACGUCAAAAGGCGUUACUCGCCAAACUGGCGGGCGUUAUCACCCCCGAAGAUCUUUGUUACCUCAACGAGCUAAUGAGAGUUCGCUUCCCUCUGUCGGACGCUUACUGUUCGGACUCUGAUUGGCGACGUCACAAGAAGGUCGUUGGUAUCUUCGAGGAAAUACUGAAGCAGUUGAAGACCAAGAUCUGCAUCCUGCUCGACGACGUUCAGUACAUGGACAACGCGUCGUGGCGCUUUUUGUCCUUGGCUCUCAACCAUGACCACGUUGUGGUGGCGAUGACGAUGCUGUCGACAGAUAUUCGAUACAGUGCGUGGACAGCUCACGCACAAAUGAUGAUUCGUCGAGACAAUAGGCUGAUGAAGCGGACGCUGGACGGUCUGCAUCCGAAACUGCUCCCUGUGCUCGCGUGCCAAAUUUUGAACGUCCUCGCGAUACCCGGAAAACUGAGCAGGAUCUUACGGACAUGCGCGGAAGGCCACAUCGGAUGGUGCGAAGCAUACGUGACAUUUCUCCUGCAGAACAACAUGUUGGACUUCGUCAGAAUAUCGCCGAGCGAGGCGAGUCAACGUGACCUGGUGUUUCCGGAUAGUCGCAUGCUUAUGAGACUGCCGGUCGACCUGACGCCGCAGGAGUUGCCGCCACCACCGACUUGGUCGCGAAUGAGCUACUUGGACGUGUGCGACGUGAACAAGCGUUACUCAGACGAAAUUUUCGAGAUAGGCCAUGAUACGAGAGGCGAGUCUCGCGAUAAUCUCUUGUCUCUUGAUCCGACACGUUGUUUUUAUUUUUCAUUAAUAUCCAAUCGGAGCGAAGUUGCGAGUGAAAAGCUCACAUCAACAUCAAACGAGGCAUCUUCUCGGUCCUCAGGAUUAAUAGGCGAGAUCUACGGCAGGAUGAGUCCGUUGGAACGAAAUUUCAUCGUGUGCGCUGCGAUGUUGGGCACGGUGUUCAAACGAAACGUGUUGUUGAACGCGAUUCCGGGUACGAAUAACAGCGAGUAUGAUGCCAUUAACGCCGUAAUUCCGGAGAUGUUCCGCAUGAGGAUAUUGGAGUGCGCCUCGUUCCAACGACGGGACUUCCACUCCGAGGAUCUCGUCCUCUGCAUACUCAAGAAGCGAAGGACCUUCUCCGACAUGCGCCACUCGGUGACUUGCAACUGUCGCUUAUCGCGUCAUACUAUCGUCGCUACACCUCCGCCCCUCGGUGCUUACUGCAAAACGUUGGAAUUUAAAGUCGAUCUAUUUCGCAAGACGGUAUACGACAUGCAAACGGAGAAGGAAAAGCGGCAGCAUCACGCGAGAGCUGUCGAGAUUUACGGCCGAAACGCUCGAAAGUGCAACUCCUGCGGCGCUGGCGCUUUCCUGAGAGUUCCUGUUGAAGACACGUCCGCGAAGAGGCAAACUGGUACACAUCUGAACGCGGCUGAAACAUCAUUAAUAGGUCACAGACUGCUUUUCGCGGAUCCACAAAAGAGGAGGAAGUUGCCUCUGCGCGGGACGAACUCGCUGUCAUCGGCGAGAAGGCAAGAAUUCACCGGCAACACUCGCAGAGUGUCAAUCAUGCCGACAUAUCUGGACGAUGUCGAGGACGAAGGUGGCAACAAAUUAAAAUUUCGGCCGAAUCUCCGUCGUUCGAAGUUCAAGCUGCUAAUCAAGACAGUUUAUCUUUACUCAGAUAUGUCCUCGAUAAGAAGCGUGAGGAUCAGAAAAAGCUUGAUGAAUAGAUCGUCCAGAUUCUGGAGACGCGUCUUCGCGAGCGUCGCGCCAGAAACGACGAGAGAUCACGACCGGUCGGACUACUUAGACGCGUACAGUCACAUAGAUUACCGCAAUUGUCGAUGCGACGGCGUCAUUAGUUGCCUCUUCUGGAGGUUGCACCAGCAUAUCGAGCAUAGCGGCGAGGUCGACAAGAUGGUCGAUUUUCUUAUGGAGUAUAGCUCCGGGCUGAUCCAAAUCGCACAACCGUCUCACGCAAUCAAGCUGCUCGCUAUUGCUGCCGAAAAGAACGAGAAAGUUGUUGCAAUAAGCGAUGACGCGGAAGAGAGCAUCAUGAACAGGGGAAUUAUUCUAGCCUUAACAGGAAAGUAUAAAAUAUUAUCUUGCGACGCCUACAGCGCCCUAGGAAACUAUGAUCAGGCCAAGAAGUAUUACGCGGCGGUGGUGACUCUGCGAGGCGCACCGUUGAAAAUUCACAAAGUCGUGUGCUUUGACCUGCUGAUAAGUGUAAAAAUUCAUCGCAAGCGACACGCCCUUCCUCGCCGUGCAAUCAACGAGAAAUCGGCGCGACUAGCCGCGAAAAGGCUGGAACUGGCGUCUUAUACGCGACGACUUUGCCUUGCGUUCGCGAGAGAAGACAAGAUGAAAGCGGCGAAGCUGUUCGCCUUACAAAGCUUCAAACUUAGUUACCCGAACUUCGACGGUUUUCUGGAGAAAGGCGAGAUAUACUUAGCGUUUGUUCGAAUUUCCUAGUCUCCUCGAAAGAGCAGAGCGUUGAGAGGCGAGUUGGAGGACGCCGUGGACAUAGGUGUGAAAGUUUUGAGGAUAUCCGGAGUUCUGCAUCUGAACGAUCUUUCAUUGGGCAUUAUGCCGUCGUUAAUUGAAAUAAUGCUGUGGACCAAACACAUCAAUCAGGCCGUCGACCUGAUGGCAGAGCUGUACUUCUUAGCGGACGAGGAUGUGGAUCUGUCCGCUAAGACGUGGUACUACGCUCUCUCCUUAGAACUUUUGCUCGACGCUAGCGUGCUUCUGGAGUCGUAUGAGACGUCUCUCAAAUAUUACGAGAAGUUCGUAGGUAAAGAAAGCAAAAAAAUAACACGACAUUUAGCACAGAAGCACACACGCUGAACUUCGUCAAUUAGUUACAAGUGUUCAUGUAGCUUACAGAUCCAAGUCUUGCGUGACGCGCGACCCACAGAGCAGCUGCCGUUUGUUGACGUGCCUGUGGAUCUACCAACUCAGAAUGCAAGUAUCCGACGCUCAAAUUUCAUCUGAAAGUGAAAAGUUUCGAUAAUAAUUCCGUAACAACAAUAUAACACAAGAUGACUACGCAGGGGAUACACGCUCACCAACACGACUGCGUACAGUGCGGACGCGUACGUGGAGAGUGUUGAUCGCGACCAUGAUUUUUCUCGAAUUUUUACGUGCUGCAAGGUAAUACAACGAUAAUAAUAUGAUUGUACAGGACGCCAGAGUGUGCAAUUAGGUGAUGAUAAGGCAACUCGCACCUCUUAUUUACACAGCGUUAU